AAGGCCCAUCUUUUAAUCGUCCAAGCGCCGUAGAAAGUAAGUCGCAGAGAACCAGAGAAGCUGACGCAGAAGCUCGCACGCAAAUCGAUCGGAAAAUUCUGAGUGCCGGUAGAGACACCGCCGCCGCCGACCCUCCAGGAACACUUCCAGCAUCAACUUUUAAAACCACCAUCCGGGAGUUAUGAAUUACUCGCAGAAUGCCAUGGCAACAAGUGGUGCUGGUGGAAACAGCAUGGUGCUCUCCAUGUCCACCGUUGCUUCGCCUGCAGACUCAUCUGCGUCAGCCACCACUGGCUCACCAGCGGACGAUUCCAAACAGAACCUCAACCAAGUCAUCAAUUCUAUACAGAAAACCCUUGGGAUGCUCCACCAGCUCUAUCUCACCGUGUCUUCCUUCAAUGUUGCUUCCCAGCUUCCAUUUCUCCAACGCAUGAAUGCUCUUGUUUUGGAGCUUGAUAAUAUGACGAAAUUGGCUGAAAAAUGUGAUAUUCAGGUUCCCAUGGAGGUCCUUAAUUUAAUUGACAACGGGAAGAAUCCAGAUGAAUUUACUAGGGACGUUUUGAAUAGUUGUAUUGCCAAAAACCAGAUUACCAAAGGAAAAACUGAUGCUUUCAAGGGUUUGCGAAAGCAUCUUUUGGAUGAACUUGAAGAGGCAUUUCCCGAUGAAGUGGAAGCUUAUAGAGUGAUGCGUGCGACUUCUGCUGCAGAAGCAAAACAGUUGGCUCAAGCACAGAAUGCAUUAGCAAAUGGGGAUGUAAAGUCGAAGCCAGAAAUUUAAAAACCGAGGUUUGCUUGUUUAUCUUGGUUCCUCCACACCCUAAUUGCUUUAUUUGAAACUAUGAACAUUUUGAACAAUGUAAAAAAAGAAAUUACCACAACAAUCUGAUACACGCGAACAAAGUUUAUUCUCGAGUACUCUAAUACUGUUUGUAUCUGUAUGUGUGUAUAGCGCUAACUCGCGACGCGAGCAUUGCAAAUAUGGGCCCCGCGACAAACCCGUUUUUGCAAUUUGCUAUGGAAUGUUGUAGUUGUAAAUUUUAAAACUGUUGACUAAAUAGUGAGUAAUUCAUGUGUGCACAGGACAGUCCUUUGCUUGUUUGUGCAAUUUACAGUGAUUGAAUGCAAUUCAGGAGUUCUAUUAUUUCACAUAAAAAUAAAAGAAUUCAUAUGUC